UCUUCCCCGUUAUUAUUGAAACAAUACGACAUUCCCACUGUAGUCUUUAAUCUAUCAAGUGUGGAAUGGAUAUGGAAAAGCUUAUGCAUGCGGUUCGGUACCAUGGGUAUGGUGGAGGCCCUUCUGCCUUGAAGCAUGACCAAGCUCCUAUACCCAAUCCAAACAAAGACGAGGUUUUGAUCAAAGUGGAAGCAUCUAGUAUAAAUCCAUUUGAUUGGAAAGUUCAAAAAGGCAUGUUGUGGCCACUUUUACCUAGAAAGCUCCCUUAUAUACCCGGAGUUGAUGUAGCCGGAGAGGUCAUUGAGGUUGGUUCAGGUGUUAAAAGAUUCAAGCCAGGAGACAAAGUUGUAUCUGUUGUUAAUGUCUUUG